AAUCACGAUUUCCUAUUUCAUUCCACCAAGUCCUUUCUUUACCCUUUGUUUUUUCCUUUAUUAUUCCCCACAAUUCGCGUUCUUCUUUUCUCUUUCCCUUAUUCUCCUUCAUCUUUAUCGUUUCUCUUUCUCAACUGUUUUCAAUUUUCCGAUCAGAUCCGCAACUCUCACUUCACCAAAAACCUCUGAUAAUCAUCCAUGACGCUUGGCUCAGGAGGAUCCAGUGUCGUGGUUCCAAGGAACUUCAGAUUGCUGGAGGAACUUGAACGUGGAGAAAAAGGUAUUGGCGAUGGCACAGUUAGCUAUGGAAUGGAUGAUGGCGAUGACAUUUACAUGCGCUCUUGGACUGGUACCAUCAUUGGCCCCCAUAAUACUGUACAUGAAGGAAGGAUUUAUCAACUGAAGCUGUUUUGUGAUAAAGACUACCCAGAAAAGCCCCCAACAGUUCGGUUUCAUUCACGAAUCAAUAUGACUUGUGUUAACCAUGAAACUGGCGUGGUAUCAGUUGAACCAAAGAAAUUUGGGCUUCUUGCAAAUUGGCAAAGAGAGUACAGCAUGGAGGAUAUACUGACUCAGCUGAAGAAAGAAAUGGCAGCUCCUCAUAACCGGAAGCUUGUCCAGCCUCCGGAAGGAACUUACUUUUAACAUCCAAGAUCAUAUAGUUGUUGGAUCAUAUUGCAUUUUGCAGUAUGCAAUAUAUAGUGUGUAAUGCUUCGUGGAUCCUUCUGAAUUCAAGAACAUGUUGGGGAAUGCCCUAAAAAGCUUCCUAUUUCCAUCUCUAUGGCUUCAGAGUUGUUUGUUGUCUUACUUUGUCAACUGUGCUGAAGGGAUGCUGUUUGAUGAUGAAAUUGUGUCAAAUAUUGAAAGCAACUCUUUUAAGUAGUGGUAUUUUUCCUUCAGAUUAUCACAAUGCUAUUUUCAAUUUUUAGUCUUGCAUCCUUUUGCUUUACUCUUUUUGUGCCUUGUAAGUAAGCUGGAGCUAAAUGGAAAAUAGGAAGUAUCAAUUUGGAUGUGUGCCUUUA